GAGGAGAAGAUCCUACUGCUGGAUAAAUCCACUUGGGGAACUUUUUGGACGACAUUAUUGGAGAAACAAACUCCACUUUGGCUUUAAAAUGCAGGAGAGAGUGUUAUAAGUCGGUAUUUUUGGGGGGGUGCCGGAAGUGGAGAUGCGUAAUGUGCAAAGUGAGCUUCAUCUUCUCUGCGUCAAGUAUAGGCAGCGUCCAUCAGAUAUCGCAUGUCUAAGCCGGAGGUGAAGCAGGAGGCCGGCGUGUGCAGCCCUCCGCAGGCCGCCUGUCUGUGCUCUCCGGCGGGGGCCAAGAAGAAGCAGUGCGCCAGCUGCGGCAUGGACAUCCACGACAGAUACCUGCUCAAGGUGAACGACCUGAACUGGCACCUGAGCUGCCUGGAAUGCUGCGUGUGCAGAACCUCCCUGCGUCAGCACAGCAGCUGCUACGUGAAAAACAAAGACAUCUACUGCAAGCUGGACUACUUCAGUAGGUUUGGCACCAAGUGUGCCCAGUGUGGGCGGCAGGUGUACGCCAGCGACUGGGUGCGGCGGGCGCGGGGCAGCGUCUACCACCUGGCCUGCUUCGCCUGUUUCUCAUGCAAAAGGCAACUGUCCACGGGGGAGGAGUUUGGCCUGGUGGAGGGCAGGGUCCUCUGCCGCAGCCACUACGACGUCAUGCUGGACAACCUGCGCAGGGCGGCGGAAAACGGAACAGGGCUGACUCUGGAGGGGGCGCUGCCCUCCGACCAGGACUGCCUGCCCAAACCGACCAAGAGGGCACGCACGUCGUUCACGGCGGAGCAGCUGCAGGUGAUGCAGAGCCAGUUUGCUCAGGACAACAACCCUGACGCCCAGACUCUGCAGAAACUGGCUGACCUGACGGGACUGAGCAGGCGAGUCAUCCAGGUUUGGUUCCAGAACUGCCGGGCGCGACACAAAAAGCAGCCCCCUCCAGGGGGAUUCUCUCAGAGCAGCUCCUCGCUGGCCAGGAUGCCCCCCUCCCUGCACGAAGACCACAUCCAGUACUCCCCCUUCAGCAGCCCCGACAGACCACAUCUACUGGCCCUGCACGGCUACCUGGAGAGUCACCCUUUCUCAGUUCUUGCAGCUCCGGGUCACCUGAGCCACCCGGGUCUCCCGUUACCACAACUGCCCAUCAGCCGCUGACAUCCUGCAUCCGCCCCACCCCACCCCCCCGCCACUUAAAGGACUUCCAUUCCUCCACGG